AUGUCCUACUCGUUUAAAGUUGUGAAUCCCAAAACCAAUCAAAUGGAUACCAUAUUUUCAAGAUAUAAAAGCAUAAAGAAUGCCACCGAUUUAAAAGAGCAGGUUACAAAGUAUUCUAAUGUACCUGUAAAGCUGGACAUUGGUCCUGUCUACAAUCUGCCAGUAGCCAAAAAAAACCAAAACCAAACUGUUUUGAUACCUGUAGAAAAAGAAUAUUGUAUUGAUAUUGAUAUUUCCGACUAUGAUGACGUUAGAUUUUGUGGUUGCACAGGAGGAAAGUAUUGUAAACAAUGUUGGAGAUUGAUGAAUUGUGCUAUGGAAAUUUUGGAUCAUUUGCUAGUUGAUGUAUUUGGUACUAAACAUUUGAUUUGGGUUUACAGUGGUAGAAGAGGUAUUCACUGUUGGGCAAGUGAUGAACUUCUUAAGAAAAUGAAUAACGAAGGCAGAUCUUCAAUUUCUAGGUUUAUACACAUUUAUCAAAGUAGCUCUAUCGCAGGAGAAAAACAAUCAAGAAGAGUCAAUCUAACUGGAAAUGCUCAUCCUUCCUUUGAUAUUGAUUCUAUUGUUUUCACCACCUGUGAAAAAUAUUUCAUUGAGAUAUUUAUUAAUGAUAUGGGAAUUUUUGACGAUGAAUUGAUCAUGCAACAAUCAAUACCUUAUUUAUUGAAUCUCAUAUAUAUCAGCGAGGUAAAGACAAUGAUACAAGAAAUACUAGAAUCUGGAAAGAGUGGUACUGAUAUUUAUUCUCAAAUCAGAGACAAGUUAUUACGUGACAAGAAAAACAAACACUUUUUAUGGGAAAUAGUUUAUUCAUUUGUUUACCCUCGUUUGGAUGUUAACGUAUCAAAGGGUUUUAAUCACUUGUUAAAAAGUCCUUUUUGUGUUCACCCAGAUACAGGUAAUAUUUGUGUUCCUAUCAAGCAUCAACACUAUAAUUUCUAUCCAGAUACUCAUGGAGCACGUUUACAUGAUCUUCUCUCAAAUAAUGACAAGAAUAAGUUUAGUGACAGUGUAAAGAUUUUCAAGGAACACGUACAGUCACUUUCCAAGAGUUUUAAGUCCUCCCUUGAUUUUUAG